CACACACACACACACACACACACACGCACACACACACAGCGAGAAACUUGGGAUAAACUUUCACAGACUUUGUCCCAGAUUUGUCCAGUUUUCCAAAUGUUUCUCUCUUUUUUAUUAGAAGCGGGCGCCGGAGGUUUUGGUUGAUAGGAAAGGCUAAAAAACUGAAAUCUUUGGCUACCUCUUUUCCACUUUUUCCUCGGGGUCAGUAACCUGUGAAGGGAACAAAAAAAGGGAUUUACUGAAAAACUGGGAUUUAUCUGUUCUGUCGUCUACACAGUAUUGUCGUCUAACAUCGAGACAGAAGACAGUUUUUCCUUUUUUAUGUACCAGUGGACCUAAAAAAGAAGACAUUUUUCCCCUGAAGGAGAAGGCCAGGACUCCACCUGCCGCAGACAGGCAAACGGGACUGUUGAGGGCUUAAACCACCUGCCCCGAGGAAUCAAGGAAAGAAGAAAGGAAGGAGAUCGUUGUCCACAGUCGCCCUCUGCUUCCUACUCUGUACAGAUGUAUGCUGAGAAAGUCGUGACAGAGGGGAAGAUGGGGAGCAGGGGAAUCUCACUGACCUGUGUGUUGACCCCGUGUCGGGUGAUUGGAGUGUGCGUGAUGCUGAUGACCUUGGGAGGCAUUGGAGCAACAGUCUGGGCCGUAGUUCAAUAUUGCACAAUGGAAGAAGACACAGGACUCUAUGAUGUCCAGGUAAAUUCUGCUGACCAGCGUCUCAGAGUCUUUGACUCCACCCAGAGGCGGUGGCGUCAGGUGUGUUCCUCGUCAGCCAAUGAGCUGCUAGCUAGCAUCAGUUGUGAGGAAGUUGGCUUUGUCAGUGUUGUGAAUUACUCAAUCACAUCAGUGCCAGAGGCCAGUGGAGAUGGUGGAGAGUUCUUCUGCGUCAGACAGGAAGAGCUCAGCUACGGCAAGAAAAUCAAAGACUCGUUGUUCCCAUGUGACUGUGAGAGCAGGGAGGUUCUCACACUGUUGUGCCAAGACUGCGGCAGGCGUAGUUUUGCAGCAGACCGCAUAGUUGGUGGUGUGGAUGCCAGGCAGGGCAGCUGGCCUUGGCAGGUCAGCUUGCAGUAUGAUGGAGUUCAUCAGUGUGGAGGAUCCAUCAUUUCAAACCGCUGGAUUGUCUCUGCAGCUCACUGCUUUCCCGAACGGUACCGGUUCGUUAAUCGCUGGCGUGUGCUGCUGGGCUCCAUCUACAAUAAACCAGUCAACGCCAAUGUGGCGGAGGUGAAAACCAUUGUUUACCAUAGCAGCUACCUGCCCUUUGUAGACGCUAACAUUGAUGACAACAGCAGGGACAUUGCUGUUCUGGCUCUCACCCAACCUCUCACCUUCAAUGAAUACAUCCAGCCUAUUUGCCUGCCAGUAUAUGGUCAAAGACUGAUUGAUGGACAGAUUGGAACAGUAACCGGCUGGGGAAACGUAGGAUACUAUGGUCAUCUAGCAGAUGUUCUUCAGGAAGCGAACGUCCCCAUCAUCAGUGACGCUGUCUGUAAUGCUCCUGAUUACUAUGACAACCAGAUCACCACCAGUAUGUUCUGUGCUGGUUAUGAGAAAGGAGGCACUGAUGCCUGCCAGGGAGACAGCGGUGGUCCUUUUGUGGCAGACGACUGCUUGUCUAAGAGCAGUCGGUAUCGUUUGCUGGGGGUGGUGAGCUGGGGAACCGGUUGCGCCAUGGCAAAGAAGCCUGGUGUCUAUACCAGAGUGUCCCGAUUUCUGCCCUGGAUAUCUACGGCCAUGAGGAACUAUCACAACUCACCAGGGGUUCACAAAAUGGCCCGGACAUGAGAUUCCUGCACUCAAGUUUCUAUUUUUCCUACUCUUGGAUGAUAAUAAGGACAGACCCUGUAGAUGUCAACAGGGAGUGUUACGACAGGGGGGAUGAAAGGCUGUGAUGUCCCCCUCUUAUCAUGGUUCCAGAUUCAUCUUCUUGCCUAAAACCUUACUGAGGAUUCACCCACUUCCUGUAAAUGUUAAAUGUAUACCAAUAUCUUACUCCUUAAUGGAUAACCUGUCAGAGUAUUAAAUACAGAAGCUACACAGAGCUAUUUAAGAGAUGUCAUGAGCACAGAGUUGAACAGUAUGAAGUUAAAUAUUGAUAAAAAAGAGUUGUGCAGUUGUGGCACUAUUUAUAUCCAUACAAUUCAAAAUGAUUCAAUACAUUAACUGUCAUUAUAAAUUAUGAGUGACGUGAAAUCACAACAGAUUCUGAAGGUAAAAGACUCACCAUGAAGAGGUUUUACAGGAUCUUGUUCCACAUGAGUCAGUUUCUUCAGUGUCAGACUUCCUGAUACCAGAGCACAGAGCGAGCCUGAGAAUGAGAGAAGCCUGCACUGUUGAUUUGUAAUAAACAUGAGUCUUGUGCAACCUCAGCAGUUUUAGUAUUUUUAGCUUAUGCAAGACACACACACACACACACACACACAGACAAUUAUAGAUCUAACAUAUCACUACUUUAAUGUCACAAAUAUGACAAAUCUUGAGUCUUUGUUGAAAGAUUACAACAUAUCAAACUUUUCACAUAGUAGGUAUCUUAUUUUAUAAUUAAAGUCUUACUUGUGUGAUAUGUCAUGUUUUUUAUAUGCAGUAGCUUGACUCUAUGAUGAAUAAUUAUCCGUACAAGUUCUGUCUUUAUCAAAUCCUCACAUCGUGUUUAAGAUGAACUGGUGAAGAUGAUGCUCAUAUUCAAAAUCAGUAUUUUGUUGUUUUUUUGUAAAUAUAAGUCAAUGUCUUGUUUAUGUAGUAUGUUUUUUAUUUUAGAUGUGUCAUAGAUGUCGAAAUGAUCUGAAGAUCUUAAUGCCAAAAGUGCAAUAACAACGAUAAUCAUGUUCUCAGAAAAGACCUUACCUGUAAUUACCAAAGUUCACCUUAACUGAGUAUGUAUUCUCAUCCAUGAGCAAAGUGUAGUAUUAUAUACUAGAAGUGCUGUUCCUCCUCAUAUUUAACAUAUACCACAAAAAAUCAUUUCAGCAGUAUGUUAAGUUUUUGGAUUGUUGCUUACUUGUAUGGUUGCGAUUAAAGAGGUUUCUAUACUACUGUUUAUUUCUUCUACAAGGCAAUAACUUAUACAUAAAAGUGAAGAGUAUUUUUUUAUUGGAUCCACACAUGAAGAGAAAAUUAGUCCAUUCUGACAAAUCAGACUCAAAAAAUACUAAAAAAGCUGUAUUAUUUGUGUAAAUGCAGUCACAAAGUCCCAUACUGUUCAAUAACAGUGAAAUAAUAUGAAUGUAUGUACAUUUAUAACAAUGUGUACUAGAAAAAUAAAUAUUUUUACUGACUGUAGUGCUAUAUGUAAAAUGUAAAUUGUUACUUUUAGUAUUGUAUCGAAAUAAAGCCUCAAUUAAAAAGAAGUUCCAUAGUGAUUUUGUAAUGAUACUACAUUUAUUUUAUACAUUUGCAAUAUUUACUGUACAGACUGCAGUACAGAAUAAUUAUGCUGCAGUAUACAUUAUCCAAAACAGAAACCUAAUGUUUUAUAUCAAUGCUGACAUAGCACUACAUCAAAACAGGAUUUUACCUUCUGUGUCUCAAAAAUAUUCAAGGUAAAAUAUCUACAUUGUGUUCAGUAAAUAUAACUGUACAAACUAUCAAAAACUCUUGCAAAAACAAUAUAAUAACACAAUAAUACAGUGAAUAGCAUAAAUACUUUUUGAACUCUUUAACACUUUUUUCAAGAUUAUUGCACAUGCACCAAGAUUUCAUUGUAACCCUCCCAUCAAAAUUGAUCUUUGAACUUGUCAUUACUAGACACCACAUGACAAGAUACAGCAACAUAUGUUUCUUGAUGAUAAUUAAACUGCUCAA